AUGUCUCAAACAAUUGAUCACAUCGCCUUAAGUAUAGACCAAGAGCUUGCUUGCUUAACUCGUACACCAUUGAAUCCUUGCAUUUUCAAAGUGUACCGUGAACUGUGCAUUGAAAAUGAGAAAGCCUAUGAACCAAAAAUAAUUACGAUUGGUCUUUUUCACCACGGUAAAGACAACUUACAAGAGAUGGAAGAGCACAAAAUACGGUACCUGCAACUAUUGCUUCACCGGAGAAAUGAGAAGAGUGUGAAUAAAUACGUUAUGGCCCUAAGUGACAUGGAAGAGAGGACGAGAAAUUGUUAUGCAGAAUCUAGUGGCCUCAACAAAGCUGAGUUUGUGAAAAUGGUGCUUCUUGAGGGGAUAUUUGUCAUUGAAUUAUUUCGCAAGUGGAAUGCUCGAUCGAGUUAUACAAAUGACCCUGUUGUUCAAUCUUUUAGAAUGCUACGUGUCAUAUGUCGUGAUUUAUUACUAUUGGAAAAUCAACUUCCAUUUUUUAUCCUUGUCCACUUGUUCAACAUGACGAGAGAUUUAGACACACAAGAAGACAUUAGUUAUCUGGCAUUGUCUUUGCUAGACAAUAUAUUGCCAGGGCCAGCAGUUUCACACGUUUCGAAUAUACCAGAGGACGAAGUCAAGCAUCUACUUCACCUAAUACAUGGUAGUAUGUGCUCUUCAUUUGCUAAAAAAGUCGAGUCCUGUGGUGAGGUUUCCAGAUUCGAGGUCGACAAAUUCGAGUUAAUGAAUACUAUCACAGAUCUCCAAGAGGCUGGAAUUGCUUUCAAGUUUCUUCCUGAUAAGACUCAUCGAAGAUAUGUCAGCGAUUAUGCCCUACUUAUGGAUUGCCUUGUCAACUCUCCAAAGGAUGCCUCAUUUCUUCACUGCUGUAGAAUUAUCACCAAUGCUUUAGGUGAUGACAUUGUGGUUUGCAACACGUUAAACAAGCUUGUCAACGGUGUCACGCUCUCGACAAACUUUAGUUACUUUCAAGUUUUCAACAACUUGAAUAAGCAUUGCAAGUCACCUUACAACAAAUGGAUGGCAAACUUAAGACACAAUUAUUUCAACAGCCCAUGGGCACUCAUUUCAUUUCUGGCUGCUGUUGUGCUCCUCCUGCUCACUGUGGCACAAACUAUAUUUUCUGCUCUUUCCUAUUUCUAA